AGGUUCAGUUUCAAGUACUGUGUUGACCAGUGGUGACAGAGCAGCGCACUGUGACAGAUUCAGUAUAGGAAGAAGAUCACCAAAAAUCUUCCUUAAAAACUUGAUAUAAGCCCCAUCUCAGAAUGUGGAAGAUUGCGCUUGGUGUCGGGCUGAGUCUGUUCUUGGCACUGGUCGAAGCCAAAAGGGAGUGCUUCGCUGACCUAGAGGGACCAAAAGAUGACCCAAACAACAUCUACAAGUGCGCUGACUCAGAAAAAUGUUGCCAAGAAGGUGGUGAACCAACGUGCUGCCGAGAGAAGGACACUGAUGUGGCAAUAUGGGACCAGGUGAAGUUGUGGGGGACGCUGUCGGUUAUGAUCAUAGUCCUGGCUUUGGUCAUGUGGUACUGCCGCCACGACGGCGACUGCUGCGGUAACAAGAAGGGCCAGGACGAUCACGGCUGCAUCUGGCGCUGCUGCAGGAAGAAGAAGAAGGAAUCUGAGCCAGAGCAAGUCAAGAUGCCGGAGUCGCCAAGCAAAAGGGACCUCCCUCCAUACAGCGACAUCGACUUCGAACAAGCUUAAGUUUCCCCAACCUAAAAGCAAUUAUCUGAAUCUACCCGUACCUUUUACAGAUGCAUACGAACAUACGAACACACACACACACACACACACACACACACACACACACACACACACACACACAUACAUACACGCACACACAAAAAAGGAAGGAAGAGGACAACUAAUCUUACAGAUGCAUUGCUUAACAUGUGAACUCGGCUUCUGAAAUGCAAACAUCAUAGGCCUUACUUCGUUACAUUAAAGACUAAGGCAUCUUACCAGCUUGCCAUCUUCCCAAAGAUGUUAAGUUGAAUGCCUCAGUGCAGAUAAUGAGACGAAUACCAUGCACUGUAAUCUAAUUAAUACAACGGGUACAAUAAAGUAUUUGCAAGAUAACAGAUGACGAGCAUUAUACUGAAUGUCUAAUGCCAGUUUAAAAUGUAGUGAAACUUAGAUAAUGUGUUGAGCUCCCUUUAUAGCAUUUGUGAAACACUUAUGUAAAAUGUUACUCGCAAUACCAAGUAUAGAUAAAGAUGUAAUACUGAUUGUUCUGAACAAAAAAAUAAGAUACUCAACAAUA